AUUAACGGCGGCGCACGCGCAUCCAACACAGUGACACGCCAAUCGCCACGCCAAUAUGAUUCGCAACAUUGCUUUGACCCUGGUCGUAGUGGUCGCAAGCCACAUGUGCUUAGCAAACCCCGUACCAGAACCAGACCCUGUUCACAGAACACACGUGAGAAUUCACGUGCCAUAUGAAGUCCAUACCUUACACCAUCACCACGUUGAAACCGUUCCUGUGAUCAAAGAGGUCCCUGUGAUCAAACCAGUGCCUGUUAUCAAAGAGGUCCCUAUCAUCAAAACUUUGCCUGUAGUCCAAACUGUUCAUGUACCAGUUCAUCAUACUGUGCAUGUCGAGAAACCAGUAUUUGUGCCGAUAAAGGAACAUAUCUCGUUCUCUUCUUGGCAUUAAUAGACUGAUAAUAAAACCUCUUUAUUUGUAGAAAUAAUGGGAAUUUGUUAUAACUGUUUUAUCAAAAUAUUGCACUGUUUUUGUUCAAGUCGAUUGAUGUAAUUGUUAUUCGAAUGUGUACCUCCUUGAACUAGUGUUAAAGUUCAUAAUGCUUUAAACAGUUUACAAUUAAAGUCUGAUUAUUAUCUUAGAAAUUGUACUACGUGAAUGAUGUAUCUUUUUAAGAAAUUAUUAGUGAAAAUGAUUCAUUUAUAUCCAUAGGUGAUAAUUUCAACGAUAAUAUACUUAAAUUUGUUUAAAAAGAUAUGUCAUUCAUGUAACCUAUCCUUGAUAUCUUUGUAAAUGUGUGAUAGUUCAUACUUUAAGUUAAACUUAGUAAGUAGGUAAGCUAAUAAAUAAACCAUUUACUAACUCAAAGCUGAGACGCGUCUAAUUUACUUAAACAUUCAUGAUGUAACUGCAAACGUGUACAGUUUAAACAUUCAGUUUAUCGACUUAAGUUAUUAUGCACUAUAAUAUAUUGACAAUUAGGUAUGAUUUAAAAUGCAGUUCAUGAUAUAAUUGAUUUUAACGAAGUGCACUAGUCUGUAACAGCAUCAAAAAUGUCGGAUAACAAAUGAGUUUAAUUAGCAUGCCACGUAGCUUGUACUGGCGACCGCCAUUUUAAUUGAACGAGUGAACGAAUUAACGAAUGAACGUAUGAACUAUCAUCGAAUAUUAUUAUAAAACGCAAAUAAUGUUAGCAAUAGCGAUUGUUCGAUUGUUUAUACGAUUAUUCGAUAUUCGUUAUAAUUAGAUUGUACUCGAUUAUGUUUAUAAGUUUGUUUUGUUAAGAAUUGUAAUUUUGUUAUUCGAUAUUGUUAUGUCACGCACAUUUUAGUCUUUAUCUAGUCGUCUUAUAGUAUACAUUGCA